CGGGGUGCCGAAGGCUGCGUUUUGGCCGAGAGCCGGUUCUUGGAUGCUGAAGGCUGUGUUCGGGUGCCGAAGAGGCCAUGGGUGUUCUCAAAGUGUGGCUCGGGGUGGCCCUGGCGUUGGCGGAAUUCGCAGUAUUGCCUCAUCGUUCCGAAGGUGCUUGUGUCUAUCAGGGUUCCUUGCUGGCGGAUGCUGCGAUUUGGAAGCCAGAUUCAUGCCAGAACUGCCGUUGCCAUGGUGAUAUUGUUAUCUGCAAACCUGCUGUUUGCAGAAACCCUCAGUGUGCCUUUGAGAAGCAUGGAACGGAGUGGACCUCUCCGCCCUGUAGUGUGUGUUCUUGUGCUCACGGGCAAGUCCGAUGCAGCCCGCAGCCGUGCCCGCUGCUGUCGUGUGGACACCAGGAGCUGGAAUUCAUCCCCGAAGGAAGCUGCUGCCCAGUCUGUGUGGGCCCUGGGAAACCCUGUUCCUAUGAAGGCCGGGUGUUUCAGGACGGAGAGGACUGGCGGCUGAGCCAGUGUGCCAAGUGCGUGUGCAGAAAUGGGGUUGCCCAGUGCUUCACAGCUCAGUGUCAGCCUCUGUUUUGUAACCAGGAUGAAACUGUGGUCCGGGUACCUGGAGAAUGUUGCCCACAGUGCUCGGCUCGCUCCUGCUCUGCUGCUGGCCAAGCGUACAAGCACGGUGAGCAGUGGAGCGAGGACGCCUGUACCACGUGUGUGUGUGACCAGGGCCAGACCAGGUGUCACAAGCAGGCCUGCCCUCCAUUGAGAUGCAGAAAGGGUCAGAGCAGGGCCCGGCGUCAGGGGCAGUGCUGUGAGGAGUGUGUGUCUUUUGCUGGGAGCUGUGUACACGACGGGGUCGUGUGGUACCAGGACGAAAUGUGGACGGCCUCUGCCUGUGAGUUCUGCACGUGUAACCGUGGUCAAGUGACCUGCCAGCCUGCAGAGUGUGCCAAAGUGGAGUGUGGCUGGGGUGAAGAAUUAAUUCACUUAGACGGAAAGUGCUGUCCUGAAUGCAUUUCAAGGAAUGGUUAUUGUGUUUAUGAAGAGGAUGGAGAAUUUAUAUCCUCAAAUGCUAGUGAAGUUAAACGUAUCCCAGAGGGAGAGAAGUGGGAAGACGGCCCCUGCAAGAUGUGCGAAUGUCGGGGGUCUCAGAUAACGUGCUACGAGCCUUCUUGCCCACCAUGUCCAGUGGCCACACUAGCCUUGGAGGUGAAGGGCCAGUGCUGUCCUGACUGCACUUCAGUUCAUUGCCACCCAGACUGCUUGACCUGCUCUCGCUCUCCAGACCACUGUGACCUCUGCCAGGAUCCCACAAAGUUGCUGCAGAAUGGACAGUGUGUGCACAGCUGUGGUCUGGGAUUUUACCAAGCCGGCAGCCUUUGUUUAGCCUGCCAGCCUCAGUGCGCCACGUGCACCAGUGGGCUGGAGUGCUCGUCCUGCUGGCCUCCCCUGCUGAUGCAGCACGGCCAGUGUGUGCCCUCCUGCGGGGACGGCUUCUACCAGGAUCGCCACUCCUGUGCAGUCUGCCACAAGUCCUGUGUGGGCUGCUGGGGCCCGAUGGAGAAGCACUGCCGGUCCUGCAGAGACCCCCUGCACGUGCUGUGGGAUGGGAGCUGCCACAGCAGCUGUGGUGAAGGCUACUACAACAGGCAGGGCACCUGCAGCGCUUGUGACCACACCUGUAAGACUUGUGGCCCGAACAGUCCCAGAUGUCUCACCUGUGCUGAGAAGAUGGUGCUGCACGCUGGGACAUGCAUUUCUGAAUGUCCCAGUGGGUACUACGCUGAUGCCACUGACAGAUGCAGAGGCUGUCACAGCUCAUGUGCCAGCUGCUCUGGGCCCACUGCAUCUCAGUGCACAGCCUGCACCGCCCCCCACGCUCUGCGCCACGGCCGCUGUCUGCCCCACUGUGGAGAGGGCCUCUACCCCGACCACGGCGUCUGUAAAGCCUGUCACCCUUCCUGCCUGACCUGUGUGGGCCCCGAGCACACAGACUGUACUGAGUGCAGGAGGCCAGAGGAGGGGCUGCAAGUCCAGCAGCUAUCCAGGGCAGGGAGCCCCUCUGGAGAGUGCCUGUCUCAGUGUAGAGCCCACUUCUACUUGGAGAGCUCUGGGCUCUGUGAAGCUUGCCACCCAUCCUGUUUGAGGUGUGCAGGGAAGAGUACCCAUAACUGCACAGCCUGUGGGCCAACCCACGUACUGCUGGAUGGGCAGUGCCUCUCCCAGUGCCCGGAUGGCUACUAUAACCAGGAGGGCAUCUGUACAGAAUGUCACCCAACCUGCAAACAGUGUCAUGGGCCGUUGGAAUCUGACUGUGUCACCUGUCACCCUCAUGGCUCUCUUACUGCUGGGAACUGCAGGGCCAGCUGCAGGGAAGAGCAGUUCUUCACCCUCGAGGGACACUGUGCUGACUGCCAUCCUCUGUGCCAAAACUGUACAGCUGAUCUCCACCAUACCGGGAGCAUCUGCCUGAGGUGCCAGAAUGCCCGCCACCUGCUGCUAGGGGACCACUGCGCUCCUGACUGCCCUCCAGGAUACUAUGCAGAGAGGGCGGCUUGUAAAAGAUGCCACUCCUCCUGCAGAACCUGCCAAGGAAAAGGACCUUUUUCCUGCUCCUCCUGUGACAGCAACCUCGUUCUGUCCCACUUUGGCACCUGCAGCACCACCUGCUUCCCUGGGCACUAUCCUGAUGACAGCCGUGCUUGCCAGCCUUGCGGUGCCCAGUGUAGAAGCUGUGACUCACAGGCCAGCUGUACCUCCUGCCGAGAUCCCAGCAAGGUCCUGCUCCUUGGGGAGUGUCGGUACGAGAGCUGCGCGCCACAGUAUUACCUUGACUUUGCCACCAACACGUGCAAAGGGUGUGACUGGAGCUGCAGUGCAUGCAGCGGGCCUCUGGCCACGGACUGCCUGCAGUGCAUGGGCGGCUACGUCCUGCAGGACGGGGCCUGCGUGGAGCAGUGCUCACCGGCCUUCUACCGUGACAUGGGCCUCUGCAAAAGCUGUGGAAGACACUGUCUACAAUGCCAAGGUCCCCAUGAAUGCACCCGCUGUGAAGGGCCAUUUCUCCUCUUGGAAGCCCAGUGUGUCCAAGAAUGUGGGAAAGGAUACUUCACGGAUCAUACAGAGCACAAAUGCACAGUCUGCCCUCGAGGGUGCUUGCAGUGCAGCGGCAGGGACCAGUGUCACCUCUGUGACCAGGGGCACCUUCUGAAGAGCGGCCUCUGUGUUUCCAACUGUGUUCCUGGCUCCUCUGCCCACUCCUCUAAUGAAACAUGUGCUGGCAAAACACAUGCCCCCAGUCUUCACGUGAAUGGUUCCCUGACCCUCCCGAUUGGUUCUGUGAAGCCGCUGGACUUUUCCCUCCUAAACGUCCAAGACCAGGGCCAACAGGUGGAAGAUCUCCUUUUCCACGUUGUGAGCACGCCCACCAAUGGCCAGCUAGUGCUCUCGAGAAACGGCAAAGCCAUCCAGCUGGACAAGGCCAGCCAUUUUAGCUGGAAAGAUGUGAAUGAGAAGAAAGUGCGUGUUGUACACAGCAGAGAAAAACUCAGGAAAGGUUACUUUUUCCUGAAAAUUAGCGACCAGCAGUUCUUCUCUGAACCACAGCUGAUCAACAUACAAGCAUUUUCAACACAGGCCCCCUAUGUGCUGAGAAAUGAAGUUCUCCAUGUUAGCAGGGGAGAGACGGGAACCAUCACCAGCCAGCUGCUUGACAUCCGAGAUGAUGACAACCCACAAGAUGUGGUCGUCCAAGUGCUUGAUCCUCCACUUCAUGGCCAGUUGCUCCAGAUGCAUCAGUCCCAUGCAGCCCCUGUCUAUCAGUUCCAGCUGGAUGAACUCUCCAGGGGCCUUCUCCACUAUGCCCAUGAUGGCUCAGAGAGCACAUCCGAUGCUGCAGUCUUACAGGCCAGCGAUGGACACUCCUUCAAAAAUAUACUGUUCCACGUGAAGACCGAGCCCAAGGAUGACAGAAGUCUUCGGCUUGUGGCUAAUUCAAUGGUGUGGGUUCCAGAAGGUGGCAUGCUGCAGAUCACCAACAGAAUCUUACAGGCUGAAGCCCCUGGGGCCAGCGCUGAAGAAAUCAUCUAUGAGAUUACACAAGACCACCCCAAGUUUGGGGAGCUGGUCCUUCUGAUGAACAUGCCUGCAGACAGCCCCGCAGAUGAAGGGCAGCACCUGCCUGAUGGAAGGACAGCAACUCCCAUCAGCACCUUCACCCAGCAGGACAUCAACGAAGGCAUCGUCUGGUACAGACACUCGGGAGCUCCAGCCCAGAGCGACGCCUUCCGCUUCCAGGUGUCCAGUGCCGCAGAUGUUCAGACCCGCCUGGAGAGCCGUGUAUUCAACAUCGCCAUCCUACCGCAGACGCCUGAAGCACAGAAACUCUCUCUGGAAGCCUCUCUCCACAUGACUGCUCGAGAAGACAGCCUGACUGUCAUUCAGCCUCCUUCCCUAUCCUUUGUGAACUCUGAGCGGCCCAGUGGAAAGAUUAUUUACAACAUCACCCUCCCUCUGCACCCGAGCCAAGGUUUCAUCGAGCAUAGGGACCGGCCUCGCUCUCCCAUCCGGUAUUUCACACAGGAGGAUGUUAACCAGGGCAAAAUCAUGUACCGCCCUCCCCCGGCUGCCCCCCACCUCCAGGAGCUCAUGGCCUUCUCCUUCGCCGGUCUCCCAGAAUCAGUAAAAUUCCACUUCACAGUUUCAGAUGGAGAGCACACAAGUCCAGAGAGGGCCCUCACCAUUCAUUUACUUCCCGCUGACCGGCAGCUGCCACCGUUCCAAGUCACAGCUCCACUGGUGGAGGUCAGCCCGGGAGGCAGAGCUUCCAUAGGAGUUCAGCUGGUAGCAAGAGAUGCCGAGACAGCACGUGAAGAACUCCUCUUUGAGCUCCGGAGACCUCCCCAGCACGGUGCACUCCUUAAGAACACACCUGGGCUCCAGAGGCCCCUGGCUGCAGGUGACACUUUCACCUAUGAGGAUAUGGAGAAGAAUGCCCUGCAGUAUGUCCACGAUGGUUCCUCUGCGCGGGAGGACAGCAUGGAGCUCUCCAUCACAGAUGGCAUCACAGUGACAGCACUGGAAGUGACGGUGCAGGUGUCACGGUCAGAGAGCCCGGGGCCUCAGCUGGCCGCUGGCUGCCCCCUGAGCAUCGUGGUGGCUAGCAAAGGGACAGCUGUGCUCACCAGGUCCCACCUGGCAUACGUGGACGACUCUUCCCCCGAUGCAGAGAUCUGGAUUCGGUUAAGCUCUCUGCCUAUGUAUGGUACUCUCUUAAAAACCUCAGGACCUGAGGUGGAAGAACUCUCAGAGAUUUCAAACUUCACAAUGGAAGACAUCAACAACAAGAACAUUAGGUACUCAACUGUGUUUGAAACGUAUGAUCAUCUGGUUACUGAUAACUUCUCUUUCUCUGUCUCUGACACGGACCACAACCACCUGGACAAUCAGAUGUUCACCAUCAUCGUCACUCCCAUCAGACAUCCGCCUGCACUCUUUGCUUUCGCUGACCUUAUCACGGUUGAGGAGGGAGGGCGAGCCCCCAUCUCAUUGCACCAUUUCUUUGCUACUGAUGAUCAGGACAACCUCCAGGGAGAUGAGAUCAUUAGACUAAGCGUCCUGCCCAAAUACGGCUACAUCGAGAACACGGGAACAGGUGAUCGUUUUGGCCCUGAAACUACCAGUGACCUAGAGGCAUCCUUCCCUGUUCAGGAUGUUGUGUUAAGCCUCAUUUACUACGCUCAGAGUGUUCAUGAAAGCAUCGAGCCAACCCAGGAUAUUUUUAGUUUUUACGUGAGUGAUGGAACCAAUCGUUCAGAAGUUCACAGCAUCAGUAUCACCAUUGAGAGAAAGAACGAUGAGCCACCCAGGCUGACCUUGCAGCCCCUCAGAGUGCAGCUGAACUUGGGAGUGGUGAUAAGCAAUUCUUCCUUGAGCCUACAAGACCUGGACACCCCAGAUAAUGAGCUGAUUUUUGUAUUGACCAAAAAGCCUGACCACGGCGAUCUAAUCCGGAGGCAGAGCACCUCUGAGCCUCUGAAGAAUGGGACAGUUUUAGCCCAGGGCUCCUCCUUCACCUACCAGGAUGUCCUGGCUGGGCUGGUUGGGUAUGUGCCUGGUAGCCCAGGUGUGGGAGUGGAUGAGUUCCAGUUCUUUCUUACCGAUGGCCUCCAUGAAGAUUCGGGGAGGAUGGACAUCCACAUAGAACUGCCUGCGGGUGACACCCCCCACUUGGCUGUGAACCGAGGCCUGCAGCUCUCCGCAGGCUCUGUAGCACGCAUCACGGAGCAUCACUUGAAAGUGACAGACGCUGACUCUGAUGACCGCCAGGUUGUGUAUCUCCUGAAGGAAGAUCCUGGUGCAGGCCGCCUGCAGGUAGCUAAGCACGACCACCUGCAGCAGGUCUCCGUGAAAGGUCCCGUCCGGAGCUUCACCCAGGCAGACAUCGCCCAAGGGCAGGUAGAAUACAGCCAUAGAACAGGAGAACCUGGUGGGAGUUUUUCUUUUAAAUUUGAUGUGGUUGACGGAGAAGGCAACAGAUUGAUUGACCAGUCCUUCUCCAUCCACGUUUUAGAAGAUACAUCCCCACCAGUCAUCAUCACCAAUAAAGGGCUGGUGUUGGAUGAAAACUCAGUGAAGAAGAUCACCACUCUGCAGCUCUCUGCCGCUGACCGAGACAGUGCACCUGCAGAGUUGGUCUACAGAAUCACCAGACAGCCCCAGCUGGGCCACCUGGAGCAUGUGGCCUCACCAGGUGUCCAGAUUAGCUCCUUCACUCAGGCCGACCUGACUUCACGGAGUGUCCAGUACACGCAUUCCAGCGAGGCCGAGCGACACACAGACGCCUUCAGCUUCACGCUGUCCGACGGGGUCAAUGAGGUGGCACAGACUUUCCACAUCACUCUCCGCCCGGUGGAUGACUCGCUGCCCGUGGUCCGGAGCUCAGGGAUGCGGGUGCAGGAGGGUGUCAGGAAGACCAUCACGGAGUUUGAGCUCCAGGCGGUGGACGCGGACACGGAGGCUGAAUCUGUCACAUUCACCAUCGUGCAGCCCCCACGCCAUGGCACCAUCGAGCGGACCUCCAAUGGGCAGCAGCAUUUCCACCUCUCCUCCACCUUCACCAUGGAAGAUAUCUACCAGAAGCGGGUCAGCUACAGCCACGAUGGCAGCAACUCCCUCAAAGACAGGUUCACCUUCACCGUCUCGGAUGGGACAAACUCCUUCUUCAUCACGGAGGAAGGAGGAAGAGAGAUUGUGACGGCAGCCCCUCAGCAGUUCCAAGUGGACAUCCUUCCAGUAGAUGAUGGCACUCCCAGGAUUGUCACCAACCUGGGGCUCCAGUGGCUGGAAUACAUGGGUGACAAGGCCACCAACUUGAUCACCAAGAAAGAACUGCUGACCAUGGACCCAGACACCGAGGACGCGCAGCUUGUCUAUGAGAUAACGACGGGCCCCAAACACGGCCACUUGGAGAACAAGCUGCAGCCUGGCACAGCUGCUGCCACAUUCACCCAGGAGGACGUGAACUUGGGGCUGAUUCGUUAUGUGUUGCACGAAGAGAAGGCUCAUGAGAUGAUGGACAGUUUUCAGUUUCUGGUGAGAGACAGUAAACCCAACGUGGUCAGCGACAACGUCUUCCACAUCCAGUGGUCCCUCAUCAGCUUUAAGCAUACCAGUUACAAUGUCAGUGAGAAGGCGGGGUCUGUCAGCGUCACGGUGCAGAGGGCUGGGAACCUGAACCAGUAUGCCAUCGUCCUGUGUCACACCGAGCAGGGCACCGCCAGCUCUGGCUCUGGGGUCAGCUCCCAGCCUGGACAACAGGAUUAUGUGGAAUAUGCUGGCCAGGUGCAGUUUGAUGAGCGAGAGGACACCAAGUCCUGCACCAUCGUCAUCAACGACGAUGACGUGUUUGAGAACAUCGAGAGCUUCACCGUGGGGCUCAGCAUGCCAGCAUAUGCCCUGUUGGGGGACUUCACCCGGGCGAAGGUCAUCAUCAAUGAUACUGAGGACGAGCCCACACUAGAGUUUGACAAGAACACCUACCGGGUCAACGAGAGUGCCGGCUUCCUGUAUGCACCGAUUGAAAGAAAAGGAGAUUCAAGCAGCAUCGUCUCUGCAAUUUGCUACACCAUUCCUAAGUCAGCCAUGGGAAGUAGCCUCUAUGCUCUAGAAUCAGGCUCUGACUUUAAAUCGAGAGGGAUGUCUGCUGAGAGCCGUGUGAUAUUGGGGCGUGGUGUCACCAUGUCCACUUGCGAUGUCAUGAUCAUUGACGACAGCGAGUAUGAAGAGGAAGAGGAGUUUGAGGUCGGCCUGGCACAGGCUUCUGACAACGCUCGUGUGGGAAGGGUGGCGACCGCCAGGGUGCUCAUCAGUGGCCCCAACGAUGCCUCCACCGUGUCGCUGGGCAACACGGCUUUCACCAUCAGCGAGGAUGCAGGCACGAUGAAGAUUCCAGUUAUCCGCCAUGGCACUGACCUGUCCACUUUCACAUCUGUGUGGUGUGCAACACGGCCAUCAGACCCAGCUUCUGCCACUCCUGGAGUUGACUACGUUCCCAGCUCUAGGAAGGUGGAAUUCGGGCCUGGUGUCACUGAGCAGUUUUGCACCUUGACUAUCUUGGAUGACACUCAGUACCCAGUAAUUGAAGGACUAGAGACGUUUGUGGUUUUCCUCAGCUCAGCACAAGGGGCCGAACUGACCAAACCCUUCCAGGCCGUGAUUGCAAUUAAUGACACAUUCCAAGAUGUGCCCAGCAUGCAGUUUACUAAGGACUUGCUCCUGGUGGGGGAGAAGGAGGGAGUCCUGCACAUUCCCAUCAUCCGGAGCGGAGAUCUGAGCUACGAGUCCUCAGUGAGGUGUUACACUCAGAGCCACUCUGCUCAGGUCACCGAGGACUUUGAAGAGAGACGAGAUGCAGAUUCUUCACGGAUUACAUUUCUGAAAGGGGAGAAGGUGAAGAACUGUACUGUCUAUAUCCACGAUGACUCCAUGUUUGAGCCAGAGGAACAGUUCAGGGUCUACCUCGGACAUCCUCUUGGAAACCACUGGAGUGGAGCUAGAAUUGGAAAGAAUACCAUGGUCACCAUCACCAUAUCCAAUGAUGAAGAUGCCCCCACCAUUGAAUUUGAAGAAGCUGCGUACCAAGUUCGGGAACCUGCGGGGCCAGAUGCCAUUGCAAUUCUGAAUGUCAAGGUGAUCCGCAGAGGGGAUCUGAACAGGACCUCCAAGAUUCGCUGUAGCACGCGGGACGGGUCUGCCCAGUCUGGUGUAGAUUAUUACCCGAAGAGCCGCGUCCUAAAGUUCAGUCCUGGUGUGGAUCAUAUUUUUUUUAAAGUCGAGAUCCUGUCCAAUGAAGACCGGGAAUGGCAUGAAUCUUUCUCACUAGUCCUUGGACCAGAUGACCCAGUGGAAGCAGUUCUUGGGGACAUGACCACUGCCACAGUGACGAUUCUAGACCAGGAGGCAGCAGGGAGCCUCAUAUUGCCAGCACCGCCCAUUUGUGACCCUCACUUCCCCAGGUAUGCCGUCAUGAGGGAGCGCUGCAGCGAGGCUGGCAUCAACCAGACAUCCGUGCAGUUCAGCUGGGAAGUGGCUGCCCCCACUGAUGGCAACGGGGCCCGAUCCCCCUUCGAAACUAUCACUGACAACACACCAUUCACCAGCGUCAAUCACAUGGUCCUGGAUAGCAUUUACUUCAGCCGGAGAUUCCACGUGCGCUGUGUGGCAAAGGCUGUGGACAGGGUGGGCCAUGUGGGGACCCCCUUGAGGAGCAACAUUGUUACCAUCGGAACAGACAGUGCUAUCUGCCACACCCCCGUGGUGGCUGGGACAGCCAGAGGCUUCCAGGCUCAGUCCUUCAUUGCGACCUUGAAAUACCUGGACGUCAAACACAAGGAGCAUCCAAACAGGAUCCACAUCUCGGUGCAGAUCCCGCACCAGGAUGGAAUGCUGCCCCUCAUCUCCACCCUCCCACUGCACAACCUGCACUUCCUGCUGUCUGAGUCCAUCUACAGACACCAGCAUGUCUGCUCCAACCUAGUCACCGCCCACGACCUGCGAGGCAUCUCAGAGCCUGCGUGUUGGUGGUUCUCCUUCCUAGUGAGCGUCCCAGGAGGCAGCUCAGAUGAGGAAACCAUCCAGCUUUACAGACACCUGAACCUGAAGAGCUGCGUGUGGACCUUCCACGCGUAUUAUGACAUGACCGAGCUGAUCGACGUCUGCGGGGGCUCCGUGACUGCCGACUUCCAGGUGAGAGACUCGGCCCAGUCGUUCCUGACGGUGCACGUGCCUCUGUACGUGUCCUACAUCUACGUGACGGCCCCCAGGGGCUGGGCCUCCUUGGAGCACCACACAGAGAUGGAGUUCUCCUUCUUCUACGACACUGUCCUCUGGAGAACAGGAAUCCAGACGGACAGUGUGCUCUCUGCAAGGCUUCAGAUAAUAAGAAUCUACAUUCGUGAGGACGGCCGUCUCGUCAUUGAAUUCAAGACCCAUGCUAAAUUUAGAGGACAGUUUGUGAUGGAGCACCACACCCUCCCGGACGCCAGGUCUUUCAUAUCAACUCCAGACCACCUGGGAGGAAUUGAAUUUGACCUGCAGCUUCUCUGGAGUGCUCAGACCUUUGAUUCCCCAUAUCAACUGUGGAGAGCCACGAGCUCCUAUAACAGGAAAGACUACUCCGGGGAGUACACCAUCUACCUGAUCCCCUGCACUGUGCAGCCCACGCAGCCCUGGCUGGACCCGGGAGAGAAGCCUCUGGCCUGCACCGCGCACGCCGCAGAAAGGUUCCUGAUCCCUAUCGCGUUCCAGCAAACCAACCGCCCUGUGCCUGUCGUGUACUCUCUCAACACUGAGUUCCAGCUCUGCAAUAAUGAGAAGGUAUUCCUGAUGGACCCCAGCACGUCUGACAUGUCCCUGGCAGAGAUGGAUUAUAAAGGAGCCUUCUCAAAGGGCCAAAUCCUUUAUGGCCGAGUACUUUGGAAUCCAGAGCAAAACCUUAAUUCUGCUUACAAGCUCCAGCUGGAGAAAGUCUACCUCUGUACCGGCAAGGAUGGCUAUGUGCCUUUCUUUGACCCCACGGGGACGAUCUACAAUGAAGGGCCUCAGUAUGGAUGCAUUCAGCCCAAUAGACACCUGAAACACAGAUUCCUGCUGCUGGACCGCAGUCAGCCGGAGGUGACUGAUAAGUACUUCCAUGAUGUGCCUUUUGAGGCUCACUUUGCUUCCGAGUUGCCUGAUUUCCACGUGGUCAGCAGCAUGCCAGGUGUGGAUGGAUUUACUCUGAAAGUGGAUGCCCUCUACAAGGUGGAAGCAGGACACCAGUGGUACCUCCAGGUCAUUUACAUCAUUGGCCCUGACACCGUCUCAGGGCCCCGGGUCCAGCGCUCUCUCACAGCCCCUCUGAGGCGCAGCCGAAGGGACCUCGUGGACCCUAGUGGCCGGUUGACCCUUGAUGACUCCCUCAUCUAUGACAAUGAAGGAGACCAAGUCAAGAAUGGCACCAAUAUGAAGUCCCUGAAUCUGGAGAUGCAGGAACCAGUGGUGGCCGCGUCUCUGUCCCAGGCGGGGGCGUCCAUCGGCAGUGCCCUGGCCGCUGUCAUGCUUCUGCUUCUGGUGUUUCUGGUGGCUUGUCUCAUCACCAGGAAGUGCCAGAGACGGAGGAAGAAACAGCCCACGGAGGACGCUUUGGAGGAAUAUCCUCUGAAUACCAAGGUGAACGUGCCCAAGAGGAGCAUGGAUGGGGUGGAGAAGAACGUGAGCAGACACUACUGCACAGUGCGGAACGUCAACCUCCUGAGCGAGGCCGAGGCCGCCUACACCUUCAAAGGCGCGAAAGUGAGGAAGUUGAAUCUGGAGGUCAGAGUCCACAACAAUUUGCAAGACGGAACGGAAGUUUAG